GAAAGAUACUUUCUAUAUUUCAUUAUUUUGCUUAUAUUUCUCCGACUCGUUUGCGAGAAGUUUUCUGGAAAAUCAAAAGGAUUCGAUUCGAUGGCUCUAGAUAUCUGCGUGAAGGUUGCCGUCGGUGCUCCUGAUGUUCUCGGAGACUGUCCGUUUAGCCAACGUGUUCUUCUGACCCUUGAGGAGAAGAAGGCUCCCUACAAGAUCCAUCUGAUUAACGUCUCCGACAAACCCCAGUGGUUCUUAGACAUUAGCCCAGAAGGUAAAGUUCCGGUUAUGAAGCUUGACGGCAAAUGGGUAGCUGAUUCAGACGUUAUCGUUGGGAUUCUUGAGGAGAAAUAUCCAGAGCCUUCUCUCAAGACUCCUCCUGAAUUUGCCUCUGUGGGAUCCAAACUCUUUGGUGCUUUUGUGACUUUCUUGUUGAGCAAAGAUGCCAAUGAUGGAUCCGACAAGGCCUUGGUUGAUGAGUUAGAAGCCUUGGAGAAUCAUUUGAAGACACAUCCUGGUCCUUUUGUAGCUGGAGAGAAAGUUACUGCGUUGGAUCUGAGUUUAGCACCUAAGCUUUACCAUGUUGAGAUUGUUCUUGGUCAUUACAAGAACUGGUCUGUCCCUGAGAGCUUGACUUAUGUUCGUAAUUACGCCAAGGCUUUGUUUGCUAGAGAGUCAUUCGUGAAAACCAAGGCUGAGAAAGAGUUUGUGGUUGCGGGUUGGGAAUCUAAGGUGAACGGUUGAUCAGUUGGAUCCAUGCUUCUCGAAGUUAUUGUUGCGUAGAACCUGUAUUCUUCACCGAAUAAUGAAAAUGCACGAUUAUGCGUGUUAUUGUUUUUCUUUAGAGUUGGUUAUCUCCUACCAAUAAUGAUGCAAUAGACAACCAUAGUCUUUUUUAUAGUGUAUAUCUCUUAUUCAA